CCCAGGGAGCUGCUGCGGGGCGAUGGCCGCGCCGAGCCCGGGGCCCCGCGAGGUCCUGGCCCCCUCCCCAGAGGCUGGAUGCAGAGCAGCCCCCUUGACCUCUGGCCGCCGUGGCCUCCUCUGGCGUCUACGAGACAAGCAGGCUCGCCUUGGCCUGUUUGAGAUCGGCCCGGGCCAUGAGCUGCACCAGCUGACAUGUAUGAUGCAGGCAGGGCUGUGGGCUGCCACUCAGGCCUCCAUGGACCACCCACCCACAGGACCACCCACCGAGGAGGAUUUCUCUGAGGUCCUGACCCAGGUUCACGAGGGCUUCGAGCUGGGCACCCUGGCUGGCCCGGCCUUCGCCUGGCUACGCAGCUCCCUAGGCCUGGCUGAGGAAGACUAUCAAGCGGCAUUAGGCCCAGGUGGCCCCUACCUGCAGUUCCUCAGCACCUCCAAGAGCAAGGCCAGCUUCUUCCUGUCACACGACCAACGCUUCUUCCUGAAGACCCAGCGCCGCCGGGAGGUGCGGGCACUGCUCGCCCACCUGCCCCGCUACGUGGAGCACCUGCAGCGGCACCCGCACUCGCUGCUUGCGCGAUUGCUGGGAGUGCACAGUCUGCGGGUGGCUCGGGGAAAGAAGAAAUUCUUCAUCAUCAUGCAGAGCGUCUUCUAUCCCGCCGGCCGCAUCUCUGAGAGGUAUGAUAUAAAGGGCUGUGAGGUGAGCCGAUGGGUGGAGCCAGCCCCUGAGGGUAGCCCCAUUGUCCUGGUGCUGAAGGACCUCAACUUCCAAGGCAAGACCAUCGACCUGGGGCCCCAGCGGAGCUGGCUGCUCCACCAGAUCCAACUGGACACCACCUUCCUCCGGGAGCUCAACGUGCUAGAUUACAGCCUUCUGAUGGCCUUCCAGCGCCUCCAUGAGGAUGAGAGGGGCCCGGGCAGCAGCCUCAUCUUCCGCACCGCCAGGUCUGUGCGCGGGGUACAGAGCCCGGAGGAGCCGGGAUCCCAGAACCGCCGGCUGCUUCCCGACUCCCCCAACGCCUUACACAUCCUGGACGGGCCGGAGCAACGCUAUUUCCUGGGCCUCGUGGAUCUAGCUACGGUCUACGGGCUCCGCAAGCGGCUGGAGCAUCUCUGGAAGACGCUGCGCUACCCGGGCCGGACCUUCUCCACCGUCAGCCCCGCUCGCUACGCCCGUCGCCUCUGUCAGUGGGUGGAGGCUCACACCGAGUGACCCGCGCCCGUCGUGCUCUCCGCAUCUGGACAAUGGGCGCACGCCGGGAACCAGGGUUCCAGCCUGGCCCCGGCGGCGGGUCGGGCUCCCUCCACCUGCUGUUCCUCUCUUUGGCCUCCAGAGGGCAGCAUCCCCUAGCUAAUACCGUGACAACACGGCCUCGUUUGGUGGUGCGGUCUGGUUCGGCGUGCCAGGGACUCCCCUACAUCAGCUCAUUUAAUCCUCAGAAAAAUGCUGUUAUUCUCUUUUUACAGACCAUGAAAUGGAGGCUCAGGGGGUGAAGGGACUGAGCAAGAUCAUUCAGCAAUAAAUGCUGGAACCAGGACUCGACUAUGCCUUUUGGACUCAGGAGCCUGUAAUCUUACCCACCAGCUCCCUCAGCCCUGUCCUCAUGCUCUGGGGAAGGGGGCAGGCUGAAGGCUCCAGCCAAGCCCCUUUGUCGUCCAGAUGGGGAAAUUGAGGCCCAGAGACCUUAAGGGGCUUACCCAUGGGAAACGCCAGCCUGGCCUCUGACCCUGGCCCGAUCCCACCAUACCCAAGUGGGCCUCUCCUCUAGAGCUGUGUGACCAGGGCAAGGUGCUAAACCUCUCUGUGC